GCCAGUCGCACUAGGAAAUAUAACAGAAAGAUGAUGAGUCAAACUCUGGGAGUACUUGCUCUGCUUUUGCUGACUUUGGCAGACUGCCAAGAAGUCGGCUAUGAAACAAAGAUGGAGACAGAGACUACAAACUAUGGACCUGUUACCAUGGUUGUGGACAAUCUGGCAGAGAUUGCCGUAAGUGUCAGCGACGACACCUCCAUUCAGUUGGAGGAGAAAAUAAAUCGCACUCGGCAAAAUAUUGCCGGUAACAUUGAGGUCCUGACCGCCAAUGCUAUGGCCGAACUAAGUGAUGUGAUCUAUGAGACAAACCAGUUAGUGGUGUCCAAUCCCGAUUGCAACCCAGCCUGGAGCCUGGAUGAGCUCAAUGAAAAUGUGACCCAUCAGCUGGGUGGGUGUACGGAAGACUUGGGAAGCCUUUUGGAAGACUUCCGUCUGGAGAGUCAACUGGCUUUGGCCAGAGUACAGGAAUUCGUACAGCAGAUUGCCCACUUGCCGGCCAAGUGCCAAUUGCUGGGGGCUUCCCCGCUUAAUCCUCUAGCUUCAGCUGGCGGAAGUGUCUGUUUCAUUAACGCGAUGGCGGAAAUCAAUCUGGGGAUGGCCCAAUCCAUGCACAAUGCAUCCCUAAUCCUGGUGCAGACCCACCAGACCGCCGAGGAUCAAGUGGUGCAGGCUCAGCUGUGCAGUGCCAUGGUGGUGCAGCACAUCGGCGACUAUCUGCGCGAGGAGCAGGAUCAGUGCCGGCAAUCAUAGUGGACCGACCCUUCCCGUAAGCAAUAGUCCUAAGAGAGAACCCAGGCAAAAACAGCCAAUGGCAAAUUUAUGCACCCGCAAGAUGACAGGGGCCGAGGACUCGCCACAUCCUGUUCACUUAUUGCUUAUGCAUGACAUUUAUUUGACAAGUUUUUGAUUGAUUUUACAGCUGCUGCAGUCGAUCUGGUACAGCUAUCAGCAUAUUUGCAGGCACAGUGAAGCCUUUUUAAAGUCUGGCUUGGAAUUGAAAUAAAAUCAAUUUCAAAUCACUAUGUUCUUAUAAAACGCUAAGAGGCGUGUGUUAAACCAAGGAAUUUACACAUUUUAAAAUGAUCAAUAAAUAGUGAAGUAAAUUACUACUUAGUAUCA